AUGUUCGGCAUCCGUACAAACCCGACGGGAGAAGAGCCCCGUGACAUUGACCAACUGGAAACAAACCAGGGUUUGCCCGAUCAGGAUACACAGGCAGAGGCAUUCUUUCACGCGGUCAGAGAUGGGCAUGAAGAUACUGUCCGUUUCUCGCUGAAUGAAGGAUCCGAUCCUAACUCCUUUGGACAACUCUCACAGACACCACCUCUCUUGCUCGCUUCCCUCAUGGGUCGCAAAAAUGUGGUGAAUUUGCUACUGGACGCUGGUGCAAAGGCAACUAGUGAUAUACUAAAGGCUGCCUUGGGCCGCUACCAGAAUCGUGUGAUGUGUGGUCUGAUAGAACAUGGUGCGGAUUUCAGUUGGGACAAGGAUGGUAACUUACUGAGAUUAGCAAUCUGGGAGAAAGAUCGCGAGCUAGUGAAAACUUUGAUAAGUCAUAAGGCAAAUGUCCAUGCUACAGGGGAAGACGGCCUGAAUGCCUUUGCAAUCAGUGCUGAUGGCGAUACUUUUGAUGACUAUAUUUUCCGUUCGAUCUUGGAUGCCGGCGGCAGACCGCCGAAAGGUUACGGUUACACCCGUAAGCCACCGCCGCAGUCUAUGUUUGGUUCUUCCGCAGUUUGCAGAGUCUAA